AUGGACCCUUCCGUCGCACAUCGGCCAUGGGAAACUGCCUCGGGCCAGACCAGCUCGUCGCAGACACUACCCUCGAUCUCGACCUUGACAGCACAUAUGCCAGGCACAGGGACACCGGCCGAGAAAUCUCCUGGCAACGCAUCAUUGAACACCAUUGAGCGAGACUCCGGAAACUGGUCAAUGCCGCAAAGUACAAGUAGGAGACCUUCGCCCAAGGAUUGGGAACGGCGCGGUGCUGACCCUGUAGGAUCCUCCACCUACUCGACGACCACCAAUGGCACGGGCAAUAACUAUUCCGCCCUGCACUUCAUCGCCGCGUCGCAACCAUCACCAAAUCGCGGACACCCCGCGGUCGACCGCUCCCACUUCUCUUACGACCAAUCGAAUACCCCCCCUUCAGCUGGAACACAGCAUCCUUCCCCGAAUUUUAACCAACCCAACUCCGCCCUCCCCUCUAUCAACCAGAACUAUGAAGUGCCGCCUCAGCGGGCCAGCGUCGCCGAGACCGAGUCUCGGCGCAGUAGCGUCGACAGCCGCGUCAACCAAGGAAUCAGCUCCCUUGCGAUCAAUCCCGCCUCCCCAUAUCACAGCACCAAUGCUUCUCAGUCCUCCAUCGUCUCUAGUCUCCAGAGGGAGCGGGGAAUUCCCACCGACAUGAACUCAUACCGGGGCCCUCGGUACUCUGGCGGCAGCCAGCCAUUGUCACCGCUGGGCCCUCGUCCGACGGACAACCAGCGAAGUAGUUUCGCAGCCGGUCGCACGGCGCCGGCCAUCUCUUCGAACCCUCGGUCGGAGAUUUACAAUGCGGAGGCACCCACCGCAGGUAUGGCCUACGCCUUCCCCGACCCCGACAUGGCGCGUUCCAGCUCAGUCUCGUCGAAGGGGGAAUCAAAUCCCCCAUUCUCCCGCAAAGGCAGCAUGGCCGAAUCUAUGAACAGUAUGUACUCGGAGCGCAUGCCACGAGGACAACAUGACCUACCCCAAAAUGUACACCACCACUCUCUACAACACAAAGCAGUGCGCGAUUUGAUUGGCGAGGAAGAAGGACCCCCGGGGAGCACGCCCUACAGUCGCACCCCCGAACUUCGUGUAACACAUAAACUGGCCGAGCGGAAACGUCGCAGUGAGAUGAAAGACUGCUUCGAAGCGCUCCGGCUCCGUCUCCCAGCCGGGCAGACCAACAAAUCCAGCAAGUGGGAGACCCUCACCCGGGCCAUCGAUUACAUCACCAUGCUGGAAAAGACCGUCGCGCAAUCGCGACGCGACCACAACGUUAUGCAAUCCGAGCUGGAGGAGAUGCGCGCCCAACUCAGCCAGCAGAACGGCCCUUCCCGAACCCCUUCCAUCUACGAACAUCACCAGAUGAAUCCUACCCAGGUCAAUGGCCAGCCGCAAGGCCCUGUAUUUGCCAAUUUCGGCAACGGCCAAGUCGCGCCAGACCAGCCGCGCACAUUACCGCCACUCAUGAAUGGCUCAGUGGCGCCUAUGCAAGGUAUUCAGUAUACCGAUGAGCGACGGUAA